AUGGAAUUAAUUAGGUCAGAUUCCAAUCUGAAUGCACUUACUGGUAUACCAAAAAUUACUUAUUUGGAUCAAAUUACCAAGAUAUCACAAUUAGUCAUUAACAAGUUGCAGUACAAUAUACAUUUUAAGCUUGAUCUGAGGGAACGAAUUACUAUGACUUUCAUGAAGCUAAAAUUAGACUUAACAUUUGUGAGUUUGGGAGUGUUUUUUGGUAUAUCUAAUUCUUGCUGUACAAAUUAUUUUCUAGAAACAAUUGACCUCUUAUAUUUAGUUUUUAAAAAUGUGAUUAUUUGGUCUCCUAAGAAAGUAAUUCAAAGAAAUAUGCCUAAAUGCUUUGAUAACUUUACUAAUACCAGAGUGAUUCUUGAUUGUACAGAGACUAGAGUAGAACGCCCAAAAUGUUUAUCAUGUAAAAUAAGGAGUUAUUCUCAUUAUAAAGGAAAUAAUACCAUAAAAUGUAUGAUAGGAAUUGCUCCAGAUGGUUUGAUAACAUUCAUAAGUAAAAUAUAUGGUGGAAGAGCUAGCGAUAAGCACAUUUUGAAUGAAAGUUGUAUUUUAGAUAUGUGUACAGAAGGUGAUGGAAUAAUGGUUGACAAAGGGUUUUUAAUUGAAAAAGAAUGUUCAGAACGUGGUUUAAUUCUACACAGACCCCCUUUUCUUGGCAAAAAUAAGCAACUUAAACUGGAAGAUGGUAUGUUCAACACAGAAAUAGCCAGAGCCCGAGUUCAUGUAGAAAGAACAAUACAGCGAAUUAAAAUUUUUAAGUUUUUUCAAAAUAAAAUUCCAUGGGCUCUUACACCAAAAGUUAGUAAGAUAAUGGUCGUUAUUGGUGGUGUGGUUAAUAUAUCUCGUCCAACAAUUGCUGAAGGUGGAUUUAAUACUUCUGAAAUAGUAAAUAAUAAUUAAUAAUGACAUGCUUUAAAUUAAUGGAAAUAUGCAAUGAAUAAUUUUAGAACAAAACCAAAGUUAAAUAUA